GACCCAUCCCCGUCCCACCACCACCAUGACGGGAUGGGGCGGGUCUCCUACUUGACCCGCCCCACUGAAUAGUAUCAUCUUCUUAAGAACUCUCUAGAACCUACGCUCUAAACUUCAAACUGAUACUCUACUCAUCAUCUUCUAAGUCAAUCAAUUUUCUCAUUUCAAAUUAACCCUGAAUUUUUUGAGAGAAGAAUUUAGCAAAAAUGGCGGAUGAUAUUUCACCGGACUUGGAAGAGCUUCGCAACCUAGAAAAGUUAUCAAAAGAAAAGGCUUCUUCUUCAGCUCCCCUGCAUCAUACUCCAAUUCCUGUGGCAACGACAAAGGUUCCUUACUCUCCAACACAGACUUAUUCUACUCUUCCAUCUUUUAGCUGGGAACAGGACAAUGAUAAAGUAAAGAUACAUCUGUCUCUAAAGGGAGUGCAACAAGAAAAGAUGGAGAAAAACAUAAACCCAAAUUCUAUUGAGUUCAAGUUUCAUGAUGUUCAGGGGAAAAAUUAUCAAUUUGCCAUACCCAAAUUGAGUAAAGAUAUUGUUCCAGUCCAAAUCAAGGUCAAAGUCAAGCCCACAAGGGUAAUUGUACAUUUGGUUAAAGCUUUGAAAGGGAAAUGGCAAGAUCUGCAUUACAAGGAGGACAAGCUGAAGCCGAAUCUAAUCAACGAAAAGGAUCCUAUGGCUGGCAUAAUGGAUCUGAUGAAUAAUAUGUACAAGGAUGGGGAUGAGGAACUGAAGAAAGCCAUUGCUAAAGCUUGGACUGAUGCAAGAUCCAAGUAGACUGCCGAUUCUCUGAAGAGAUACCGUUGAAGAUCUGUAGGCUAUCAGAAAGUGCAUAGGCAUCAGUUAGGGGAUUCUGAUCCAUUUUUGUCACAGUAUAUGGGAUUUUACUUGCAUAAAUUUCUAAAUUGCUUCCUUGGGCUCUUAGCUGUUUACAUUCUCUGCUUUCUGGCUGUCUUCGACCUUGUUGAGGGGUUUGAAUGGAAUUGGGGUAAGGAUUCUGUGUUGUAUCUAGGCUACUUUCAUGAAGCUUCUUUGCCAUUUCAUUCAAUAUGUUUGUUUGAAAGGUUUGAAACUUUGAACCUUCUUAAUUGUCUUUCUUAACUUUGCUAAAUCGCCACAUUCUACUGGUACAAUUUUGCUAAAUCGCCUUUGGCAUUCAUGUAAUGCAAAUAGAAAAUGUUGAUUCUUCAUAUGACAUCAACAUGUACAUUUGUUUU